GAAAUACAUCUGUCUACCCUCCGGAUUACUGAAUAAUUAUCCGCGUGAGUUCUACCUAACGAAGGAACAAAAUUAAUGACAAAACCAGAGGCUGAAAAGUCGCAGAGAAGAGUCUCUCUCUCUAUCUCUCUAUCUCUGUUUGAUUUUCCCAGCAAUCUUUGCUCAAUCUAGAGAGAGAUAAACUAUACAUACACAUAUACGAGAGAGAGAGAGAGAGAGAGACGCGCGCACACACAAAUGGAUCAGAUAUUGAACAAGGUCGGAUCCUACUGGAUAGGUCAGAAAGCCAACAACGAGAUUGACUCAGUCGGAGAUGACAUCAAUUCAUUGUCAACUAGCAUUGAAGGAGGAGCCAAAUGGUUGGUUAACAAACUCAAAGGGAAAAUGCAAAAGCCACUACCAGAACUGCUAAAGGAGUAUGACAUGGCAGUAGGUAUCUUCCCUCGGGAUGCUACCAACUACGAGUUCAAUGAAGAGACAGGUAAGCUUAUUGUCUACAUACCCUCGAUUUGUGAAGUGGGAUACAGAGACAAGUCUGUUUUGCGAUUGUCAACCACUGUAACUGGAUAUCUGGAGAAAGGGAAGCUAUCUGAUAUAGAGGGGAUGAAGACAAAGGUGAUGAUUUGGGUGAAAGUUACGUGCAUUUCAGCUGAUGGAGGAAAGCUCCAUUUCACCGCAGGGAUGAAGAAAACCAGGCCUAGAGAUGCUUAUGAGAUUCUUAGAGAUGGAUUUAGUGUAGAUAAGUUCUGAGAUGGUUAGGAUGUUUGAAUGAGUAUAUUGUUGUAAGCUAGUAACAGCUGUUUUAGAGCUCUCUCAACUGUUGGUUUCUGUAGCUAUAAAUGUCAUAAUUUCGAACUAUGGUAUCUUUGGAUUUUAUUUAUUUAUUUAUAUGUGGAUUUGUUGACAGUCAAUUGCAUACAUUCCUCAUCAAUAUUCUGA